AGUCAAUUAUGAUUUAAGAAUUAAUUAUCGGUUGUCGAACUAGUAGUAGUGUAUGUUUCGUAUAUUUUGCAAUCAAAUUACAACACAUAUACUUCAAACAUGACCCAACAAUUCUCACUUUCUAAUUCUACCCUUAUGUUAUCAUAUUAUAAUUUCAUCUCAAGAAAUGCCUGCAUUUGCUCUAUCAUUACUCUCCUCGUCAUUAUUACCCCAGCCAUUUUCACAGCGAGAACCGGUCAGUCUUAUCUCCAUAAAAAGCUCUAGGAAGCGGAAGGUAACUAUUGAAGCUUCUACAAACGGGCAUGUCAGUUUUCCUGAAAAUAAUCCUCCUAGGCCUCGCAGGAUAAUACUCGUUCGACAUGGCCAAAGUGAAGGAAAUGUGGAUGAGAGCGUGUAUACAAAAGUUGCCGAUCCAAAAAUUGGACUCACUGAGAAAGGUAAGGCACAAGCAGAAGAAUGUGGUAUAAGAAUAAGAGAAAUGAUCGAGAAAGACGGAGCAAGUGACUGGCAGGUGUAUUUUUAUGUGUCGCCUUACAAAAGAACACUUGAAACAUUGCAGAAUCUGGGUAGAGCAUUUGAACGUCCCAGGAUAGCUGGUAUGAGGGAAGAACCUCGUUUAAGAGAACAGGAUUUUGGAAAUUUUCAGGAUAGAGAGAAGAUGCGGGUAGAAAAAGCUAUUCGAAUGCUAUAUGGUCGUUUCUUUUACCGGUUCCCGAAUGGAGAAUCUGCAGCUGAUGUUUAUGAUAGAAUCACUGGAUUCAGGGAAACACUGAAAGCAGAUAUUGAUGUAGGACGAUUUCAGAGGCCUGGUGAACGAAAUCCCAACAUGAACUUAGUCAUAGUGUCUCAUGGCCUCACAUUGAGGGUGUUUCUAAUGAGGUGGUAUAAAUGGACUGUGAAGCAAUAUGAGGCACUGCACAACUUUGGAAAUGGAGGAAUGAUUGUUAUGGAAAAAGGUUAUGGUGGAAGGUACAGCUUAUUAAUGCAUCACAAAGAUGAAGAGCUAAGAAAGUUCGGAUUGACUGAAGAAAUGCUGGUUGAUCAAGAGUGGCAAAAAAUUGCAAGGCCUGGUGAACUGAGCUAUGAUUGUCCUACGGUGAAUUCUUUUUUCGCACAUUUUGACGAGGAGGGAUGUAAAACAUGAAGCACAGGAAAAUGCAUACUCAUCAAGUAAUAAUGUUCGGGUAAAAGUAAAGCUACACCAAGGAGACUACAUUAUAUCAAAGAGUCGCUAACAUCGCUAAUUGCGUCAAUAUUCAAUGUCAUAUAGCUGUAGUAAGUGUACCUGACCAGAACAAGAUUUAGUUUGUGUAAUUAUGUUGGAGUUCUUUCUUGUCCCA